ACCAACCCAUUGUCGUCUUCGAAUCGAAAAGGAAAUAAACCCUAAACACCAACGAGAGAAUAGCCAUCAUCAUCAACAGCAAAAAAAGAGAGAGAGAGAGAGAACACGAUCUAUCCGAUAUGCAGACGCCGCCGCCGACGCUCCAGCCCUACGACCCCACGAGGGGCAUGAUAUCGUGCUUCACCGAGCACGGCCACCCCGCUGACCCUAUCUCUGCGGCCACGGCCGAGACCCUCUGCGACAUCCUCCUCGACCACUACGAGGAAGCUUUCCGGCGGCUGCCCGUCGAAGGCGUGCCGGAUGGCGUCGACAUGGCCUAUCUCGUCGACAGCGGAGGCCUCUGCCUCGGCCUCCUCGACCCCGUCACCAACAUCGUCCUCAACACCCUCUCCUUCCUUCCAGACGGCUUCGAGACGAACCAUAGCGCCCCGGCUCCAUCCGGUCCCGGCCGGCGCCAAGAGAGGGGCAGGGAUUCAUGGCGCUCCCUCGCGUGGGCGUCGAGCACGUGCCUUCUCCAGUUCAUGUGCGCCUACUUCGGGCUGCUCACCGAGGAGCAGGCCGGGAGGUACCUCGUCUGGGCGCGCGCCGACCUCGCCGUGGCCGUCCUGCUCGUCGAGCACGAGCUCUACGCCGCCCGGCCCACGCCACCCGACCCUCGCUCCGGCAGGACGCGUAACUCCCUCCGGCUGGCUUGCACGCACGCUAGCUACCCUUCGGGGGACUACCUCGUCUCCGUCGCGACCGCGUGGCUACCGCGGGAGCGCCUCGAGAUGCUCGCCCCCGUUCUGCGACGCCAAGGCGGCAUGAAUAGGUUCAGCGUCCAGGAUGCAAAGACCAUCCUCCACGUGCUCCGCCACCAAGACGACAUCUCGACCAUGCCACCGUCACCGACGCUCGAAGAAGGCGUAGCACCUCUAGUCCAGCACACUACGAGCUACGCCGACCUUGGAGACGGCCGGAUCGCCUACACCACCACCAGUGUCACCACCGUCCAACGAGCCGGUGACAACAUCACGUCCUUGCGGCGUCCUCAAGACAUGGAGUCCACACUAUCCUCUUACUCCACGCAAGCCGUACCGCCGGAGCCGGGCACUACGACGAGGCCGCACCCGCACGACUCCCCCUGCUUGUCUGUCCGGUCUCCCGACGCGGACGUCGAAGCCGACGAGUGCCCGUACGUACGGUCCCUGGAGAUGUCCCUCUACGGCACCAUCCACGGGUUCUACCUCAAGGCGCUUGCCAUGCUGCCCAGCCACGCCGCGCGACACCACGUCCGCGGCGUACUGCUCGCCGGCCACUGCUACGGGCCCAUGGACCCCGUCUCCAACAUCAUUCUCGGCGCCGUCUGGUACGAUGCCAACUUCCCGCUCCAGGACGAUGAACGCCCCGCCCAGGCGCACGACAUCCUCGACACACUCCCCAUGCUCCGAGCGGUGUCCCGCUCCCUGCACGGCCUUGUCGCCCUCCUUGAUGCCACCUCCCGCAAGAAGCUGCCGCUGCACGAGAUCCUCAAGUACCUCUGCUACGCGCAGUGCGACCUCUCAGUCAUGCUGCAGCCACAUUUACACCAAGAUGGGAGGACGCUCAACCCCUUCGCUGCUGCGGCCACUGCGGCUCAGCACCCGCAAGCGUCUGCCAUGGCAGGGUUUCUCGCGUCGCUACCACCGACGAAGCUGGACCAGAUCCGAUCUUUGAUGAUGAAUGCCACCGCCAAAAACGUUCCACUGUCUCACAAGUCCUUGACCCAGAUACAUAGCAUCCUCAGAGAAGAAACCUCGGCCACGAUGACCCCAUGGCGGCCACGGCCUCCCAAACUUUGCAACGCGGCAUUAAGCAUUCUCACAAGGAAGAGGGAAGCAUAUGCUCAGCAACAGAGGUUCAUCCGCGGCAGGAUCGAGCAGCUAUUGCAGGAUUACGCUGUUGCCAAUCCUUCCGAGCCCAGCUACUAUCUUGAUUUUGUAUGUGGUGCAACAAUGGCUGAUCACACCCACCAGCGUUACCAUGUCAAUUUCAUGGCAGCAGCUACUGAAUCGGGGUUCAAGAACACACUGUUCUUUGCCGAUUUCAAAUGGGCGUAUCAACAUCAUCAGUCAGAAACAGCCGUUUGUUGCCCUCUCUCCCAACCGUAUGAUAUGAGUCGUUGCUACUAUGGUCAUGAGUCUGCACGUAACAUCGUGUAUCCGGAUCAUUCCAUCGACUACUUCUCGAGCAACAUCACUGGUGGUGGACUCGAUGACACAGAAGGCGAACUAGAAAUUGACUUCAUCUACUUUGACUCUAAGAGGGAUGUGGAGCUUGCCAAGGUCCUGCAGAGGAUGGUCAAGAAGGAACAGUCAUUGAAUGGAAGGCGUGCUGCAUGGGAUUGGGAUGUACAACUUCAACCGGCGUGCUGAAUGAACCACUUGUUUCUGCUAAUUUCAACCACGCGCUUCAGUGAGUGGCUUUCGGUCAACUAGGUUCACGUGGUCAAUUUGUCUACCAUUUAAGCAUGAAUUCAAAUAAUGUAAAAGUGUUAAGAGAGUAGUAUGAUGUGUAGUACUACGUAGCAGUUAAAACAUGUAAGUCUAGUCUUUAUACGUACUCCCUCCUGUCCGAUAUAAUCGA